GUGACAAUUUUUGGCCCCGAAAGUCAGGUGCAGAUUGCUGCUGCGAUGUUACUGGAACACGUCCCCUUUGAAGCAGACAUGGCGGUCCCGCCUAGUGCCGAUCUUCCCAAGGUCUGCGCAUCCGCCGACUUCAUAGCAUUCGUUGAGCGCAUCAAGCGCGAGUUCCAAGUGAUCAUUACUCCGAACGUCAAGGCACCUACACCUAGCCCUACCAACGGCGCGUCUGCCUCGUCCUCCAGUGUGGUCUCGGUUGGGGACGUAGGCGAGUACUCGUUCAAGUUCCAUUGCCAGAGGAGCAACUCGGACUUCUUGCUCGCGGCACGGGAGAUGUUGGAGCAGUUCUUGCUCAACCAUAAUGUCCAUGUGUACCCGUCGCCCACGGCACAUACGCAUAAACGGGGUGACUCGUUCGCGGAGGCAUUCCCGCACUUUGAUAGUAAGGUGUUGUCGACGGCGAGGAGGCAUGAAUCGGUUGAGCUUACCCGUUCGGAGAUACUGGGCGAUCGGAGAUUGAGGAUGGCAAAUUCAUCGCCAGAUGUAAAGGCAUUGUUUAAUGCUCCCGCAUACAUAUAUGAUCUAGAGGAGCAUGAGGACUCUCAGUCAGCUUAUGGUCCGCCAGGAACGGGCCUUGACUACUGGACACCGCUACCCCCGAUCGGCACGGGGAUGGCUACACGACAACGAAAUACCGAAGACGCACUCAAGCGCGGGUCUGACUCCCUGCUUGAGUCAAAAAUUAAGGAACAGAUCAGCAAGCCCCGAUCGCUGCAGAACCGCGCGCAGUCGCUUGACCUCACGUACUCGCUCUCUCGUAUCACGGAGGCGAGCAAUAGGCUGCCGCAGCCCGAGUCGCCUACGACGUCGACGGGUGGAGGCACGGGUGGUGAUUCAAGUCCGACGAGUGCUACGGCGCCAUCAUUCCCGAGCGUGUAUGGCCCGCGGUCGUCGGCUGUCAUCGGCUCAUCGUCGCAGCGUGCUGCAUUGAGGAGCGAUGACGAUGUUGUUGAUGAGGUAUCGCGAGUGUUGUCGAACCUCGGACUGUAACUGCUGCAUCUGUAUAGUUUUCUUUUCUUCUGCUCUCGCACACGAUCGCAAAAUCAGUCUCGCCUGCUCUGCCUAGGGACUAUCCAGCACAGGAUCUAUUCAAAAUGUACCAGGAGAUCUCUCUACGUUCCUCCCACAUCUCGCACUCAUCACGACUGAUAUCACGCAAUCAAACCCACAUCGUUGUUUUUCUUUCUUUUCUUUCUUUUCUAUAUUGCACUACAAGCAACGCUAGCGCUCGAUCUAGUUUGUUUAUCGGUUUCCGAUGCUCUUGUGUUUGGCUGCUCGCUCACUCCCGAUUCUUUU